AUGUGCCCAGAGAACCGACUCCGAGUUUUGGAAUCUGUUGUUGAGUCAUUUUUCGACUUGGACCUCAUUGACGAAUUCAUUCGGGUGUGUCACCAUCGCGCUCAACUGUGUUUCGAGCGAAAAACGAAAGCGCGUCGCGAUCGUGAACGCAUGAAAAAGGAGCAGAAGGAGGAACAGAUGAAAGCUGUUGUAACUCAGCCAAAACCGGAGGAAUCUACGCCUGUGUCCACGGAGGCCGUUAAGCCGGACCCUGCGACACCCACCGGCUUGACUGAUGGUGAAGGCGGAGACCUGUGUGAAG